ACCCUUUCACGAGCAGCGGAGACAGACGAACAGCGGGAGAGAUGGAGAGAGAGAGAGAGAGAGAGAGAGAGCGGCUAACCGAGAAACACCAGUAACAACAAGUAACACCGGGGGGGGAAAGAAAGACUUAAAAAAAAAAACCUUACAGUUUACAAGCUCCGGGCUUUUUCCUCCUCUUCUACGUUUCGGGCGUGACAAAAUACCCAAGCUGUGUCCCCUGGUCGUCUGGAUUUAUCACAGCGAAGGUCUUCCACCUUCUCCUUCCUGUGACAGAUGUUGAGAACAGAGAUCAGCCUGUUCAGCAACUGUUAGAGGUGACGGGUGAGGACGGGGAGGAGUGUCUGUUAGCUCUACCAGGUUUUGUCUCAUGAGAGUGACUGUGCCAUCCAGGCACUGUCAGUGACCAGGGCUGUGGCUGUGGUGGGCCCGGCCCAGGAGGCCUUUUUGUACAUCACUCCUGGCUCCCGCUGACCUGUGCUGCUCACACCAUGGAUCAACAGAGGGAUAAAUAUGGCGAGCGGCCCACUAGGGCCGCCAAAGUUUCCCAGGGUAACCGCAGUGGACACUCGUCCCGACCAUCUGGCUCCUCCAGCUCUUCUGGGGUUCUCAUGGUGGGGCCAAAUUUUCGUGUGGGCAAGAAGAUCGGCUGUGGAAACUUUGGUGAAUUGAAGCUUGGUAAAAAUCUCUACACCAACGAGUAUGUAGCUAUUAAACUGGAACCAGUGAAGUCGAGGGCACCACAGUUGCAUUUAGAGUACCGGUUCUACAAAACACUGGGAACUACAGCUGAAGGUGUGCCCCAGGUGUUUUACUUUGGACCCUGUGGGAAGUACAACGCAAUGGUUCUGGAGUUGCUGGGCCCGAGUCUAGAGGACCUCUUUGACCUUUGUGACAGGACCUUUUCACUGAAGACCGUCUUAAUGAUAGCAAUUCAGCUGAUUUCUCGAAUGGAGUAUGUACACUCUAAAAACCUCAUCUAUAGAGAUGUAAAACCUGAAAACUUUCUCAUCGGACGGCAAGGGAAUAAAAAGGAACACAUUAUCCACAUCAUUGACUUUGGUCUGGCCAAAGAGUACAUCGACCCCGAGACCAAAAAACACAUUCCAUACCGGGAGCAUAAGAGCUUGACUGGCACUGCUCGAUACAUGUCCAUCAAUACACAUUUAGGCAAAGAGCAAAGCCGGCGAGAUGACCUGGAGGCCUUAGGCCACAUGUUCAUGUAUUUCCUUCGUGGCAGUCUACCGUGGCAAGGACUAAAGGCCGACACGUUGAAAGAACGAUACCAGAAGAUCGGAGACACAAAACGAAACACUCCCAUCGAGGUCCUCUGUGAGAACUUCCCAGAGGAGAUGGCCACCUACCUGCGAUAUGUGAGACGGUUGGACUUCUUUGAAAAGCCUGACUAUGAAUAUCUGAGGACUCUGUUCACUGAACUGUUUGAGCGAAAAGGAUACACCUUUGAUUACACUUACGACUGGGUUGGCAGGCAGAUACCCACACCAGUGGGGUCUGUUCAUAUAGACUCUGGUGCAUCUGCUGUCACGAGAGAGAGCCAUCCUCACAGAGACAGACCCUCACAGCACCCACCAAUUAGAAAUCAGACAGCGGUCUCAGAUCGACGAGGAGCAUGGGAGGUGCAGCCCACACGCCAAGCAAACUCCUCCUAUCUGACCUCCCACCUGGCAGCGGACAGGCACGGGGGCUCAGUGCAGGUGGUCAGCUCGACCAACGGGGAGCUGAACGCAGACGAUCCACUGGCAGUUCAUUCCAAUGCUCCGAUCACAGCUCAGGCAGAGGUGGAAGUGGUCGACGAGGCCAACUGCGUGAAAAUGCUCAACCUGUGGUGCUGCUGUUUCUUCAAGCGAAAACGGAAGAAGAACACACCGAGGCACAAAUGAUCAUCCACCGCCGGUCUGAAACGUUCCACGUGUCCGGCUCAGUUGAUUUGUGAUUUCAGAAAUCAAUAAGGUCCCAUUCAGAAAACAAGAGGGAGACAACUGAAAGAUCAUGAUUGAAUUGUUCUUUGGAGGGACCAGUUAAAAAUGGUUUGUUGAGAUGUACAAGACGCUUGUGUCUUUUGAUGGGAGUCCUUUUUUUUUAUGUUUUUCCUCUUUUCCUUUUUUUUCUUCCUCCAACAUCUGUGGGAAUGUUUUGCAGGCCAGUCGUCCAAAUGGGAAACCCUUUUGUUGGAAUUGUGCAGAGGAUAAUCUUGUUUUGUUUUUUUUCUCCCCAAGACACCCAGCAUUUGUAUUUUUCUCUCCUCAUUUUUGGCAAUUUUUUUGCUCCCAUUUCUCUUCUGUGGUAUUGCAAAGGAAGAGACAGAUCUUCCUGUGGAAUCUUUGCCACCUUCAACUUGUUGCAUAAUGUGUCUGUUUGAGUCACAGAAUCAUAUUUUCAUUUGCCCUCUGUCGAGUCCCAGUUCAAAGUGGUUUGCCCAUCGUUAGUUUGCUAACUCAUUUUGACACAAAGCCCUUUUGGUCUUUCCUGUCGUGGGACUGAAUGUAAACCUGAACACACGAGGAGCCAAGAGUGUAACUGCCUAUCUUCACGUACAGGCACAAAGACCAUCAGUCUGCCAUUUGGCCCCUGCACUUUUUUCCUCCAAAGAGGUCAACCCUGGCACUGGGACCUGGGCCUGAGAGAACAGAAGACCAGAGACGCCUCCUGCACUGUGUUCUCUGAGGAUGAUUUCUGCUCACGCUGCUUGGUUAAAGCACUCCCCUUAACCACGCUGCUGUCAAAACACACUACAGUCUCUUUUGACUCUCAUGCAGUUUUGCUCCUGUUGGCUUUGUGAUGAUGAGCAGCAACCUGACACUUAUAGAUGGGGCUGGGGAAAAAAAAUGCUAUUUAUGCUAUUUAUCUCUUGGUUGCCACCAGUUUUCUUACUAAUUCUAAAAACAUACACACUGAAUGUAUGGACAGGAAAGUAAAUGACUUUGGAGCAUUUAUAUAAUCUGUCAUGCGCAUGGGAAGGAAAUUGCAGUUAAGGAGUUAAGACCAAUGUUUAAAAAAGGAGGGGGAAAAAAAGUCCAAAAUUAAGUGGAUUUAGAGGGUGGGAGGGUCUUAAAUGUUUUUGAUCUUAAUAAUGUGAUGGUUAAUAAUGGACUCUACACCAGUAGACACUGGGGGAUGUUGCUUUGGAGUGACAAGAGAAACUGGCGUGAUGUGCUUUGGAGAUUGAAUCACAGCCUCUCGACGCUACUGUCCAAUGCCUUAACCCCCGCCCCCCCUCCCCUCAACCGACCGACCAGUCGACCACCACAUCACAUCACCAGUUGGAUAAACAAGUAGGCAGCAUGAUGGUUGCGAGAUUUGCAGCGCAAUAUUUGGGGUCACCUGUAUAAUAAAGCCCAAAGUUGCGGACUGUUCCCAGCUAGUAUCAGAGCAGUUAAUGAAUUCCCUUGUAACACUGAUGAUGUAUUCCUGAGAGAGCAAUGCCAAAUGUAAGGUUUGGUGUAAUAAUCUGUAAUGGUGUUAAGAUGUCCCUGCCCCUGCGUGACCCCCCCCCCUCGUGCUGCAAUAGCGAUGUUUUAUGUUUGGACGGGUCUGCUGAAACCCUUUCGGUCCCUCUCCUCGACGCCGAGAGAGAAAACCUUAACGUCGGUGCGAGCGAGGGCGUAUAAGUGAACAUGUCCAUACCAUUUUUAUUUUAAUUUAGUGUCAUGGAGGACUGCCUUGAAACAAUAUCCUCGAUAUGUCACCUUGCCUAUCCUCCUAACAGAGUGAAUUACCGUACAUAGCUGUUUUAUUUUUUUAUUUUAUAUCUUGCUAAUGUGAAUUUUUUUAAUGCAAUUCUCUUUUUUUUUUUUUUUCUCCAUUCCAAAUAGCCAUGGUUUUAUGGGGAAAGAGAGGGUAACAAAAAAAGCUUGAGACCGUGACUGCACUACAUUUGUUGACCCCGGCUUUCCCUGACAAGACCCUGCCUUUUUAAUACUGUACUUUAAACGUGCUUAUUACUUUAAUUGUAGCUGCCUCGUGUGCUAGGCCUUCCCUAUAGGGUGCAGGGAAUACACUUUAAAUUGAUUUUCAUCCCCGCCCGCUCCUUUUUUUUUUUGUGCCAUGACACCCCACCCCCUUCCCUUUCUCUCUGCACACACACACACACACACCCACGCAUGCACACACACCCACAGACACACACAUUACAAGUCCUAUAUGAAUCAGCUCUCAGUGGAGUGUUUGAUUCUGCCGUUUUGUGGACUUGCUCAAUCAUCUUUAGAGAUACAAUGUUGUAGAUGUUGCAAAACUAACUCGAUGAAUCAGUAUGUAAACCUGCUUGUUGCGUGUAUUUACACUGUAUAGCUUUUGGUUUCUUCUUACCCCUGACAUGUCAGUUACUCCGGGGUCUAAGUUAUUGUGUUAUUGAAAGUACUUGAAUAUGAAAAUCUACGGGACCUUUUCUGUUUUUUUUAUUUUUUAUUUUUGUUCUUUUUUUUUCUUGGUCAUUAACAUAGUAAUUCCACACAUAGGAUUUGAGGGGAAUUGAGGGAAAACAGGCUGUUUGAAUGACAGGUAUUCAUUUGUUUGAGAUGUCUUAGUGCCUCUUGAGUGUGUUGGACAGGUGGAGUUUGAGAGACUCGCCUGUGGAGUCCUGUGCUAGCUGGUGUAAGUGAGAGAGAUUCAUUGUUUUUAACCCGGAAGAGGCGCAGUUAGAUGUUGGUUUGUUGUCUACGUAAAAACAUUUGCCAUAAUGUAUUUAGAUCUGGUGUCGGCCUUCGUUUGUUCAGACGCCAAACCUGUGACAUCUGCUGCCUGUGAUUCUCCCCACAAAGCAUCAGCGGCAUUCGGACUGUUUCAUUCCAGCUACCUGAGAAAAGUUGAAAGUAUUUCUGUGUUUGAGAUGGAUAUCCAGACUAUAUAGCCUUUAAUGUUCCCCCUGAAUUCCCCGAGUGCCAUUCCUGAGACUACUACUAGCCCAUGCCUUUUACCUGUGCCAGGAAAAUAUGAAGUUGAAUGUUUUUUGACCAUCGCAUUCCACCUUGUGUCCUUGACGUGUCCACUGUCAUUUUGAGAAAUCGCAGAGCAAAACGUCUCAGUUCAGUACCAGGAAGUGUUGUUGAAGAUGUUUAAAGAGGGUCGGAAUGGAAAAAAAAGUGUUUUAUUUUUUUUUUAUGAGUCGUUUCUGUUGGUUUCUUUCAUGUUGUAAAUCAAAAGAAACCAACACCAUUUUAUCGACCAAGUUUAUUGAGUUCAAUUUGUGACUGGUCAUCUUUUAACAUCGGCUUCUUCCUUAAACUGUGGGUCGCCUAGCUCUUAAGCUCAUGGCUGAAAUGGUAGAUAUAGAUAUAUUACUCUGAUGUAUUUACUUUUUACUCUCUGGGCCUCAUACAGAGUGAUAUAGGAGUACUCUGAAUGCUUUGUAUCUGCAUGGCUUAGCUGGAGACGACAGCGAGCGGUCUCUCUCCAGUGAAUUUUCUCACCUGUAGGGCUCAUAUAUUGUUGGGUCAGUGAGACGUUAUGGCUUCCAGUCCUCAUGUAAAAAAUAAAUAACUUUUUCAUGUCUUCUCACAGGACAUUCCAUUUCCGUUCCCGUUGUUUCUGAUAUACUUCACGUCAUUCAGACUUGUGUUUAUGGCUUUGGUUGUGUGUAACUCACAUUCCUGUGUCAAAGCUGUGUAAAUCAAAGCAAAGGACAGUUAAAGUGUGAAUGAAUGGCUUAGGUCUUUUUGGGUUCUCUGGCACUUUUUCCUUGUUGCUGUACUGUAGAAUUGUCUUGGAUUUACUGUAUAUUUUUCUUUGAGGGAGAGGUUUAGGGUGACAUUUACUGCAAUAUUGUGAUGUUUAUUUGAAAAUUGUAAAUUGUACAGAGUUCACAAUUAUACUCUUUGUUCUUUCUGUUGGGAUUCCAUAUAAAAUAUGUAUUCUUUGAUUAUUUUUUUCCCUCUCAGACUGUAGAAAAUCAAAUUGUACAGCUCCAAGAGUUUAUCCUCCCCUCAGCAUUGUUUUUUUUUUUUUUUUUUUUCCAGAGCUAUGAUUAAGAGAAAUCUUAAAACUGUAAAUAAAUAUUAUUGUGUUGAAAUAUGAAUGUCACUUCAAAAAUGUAUUUGAAUGAGUUAGUCAAGGGCUUCAAGAAUGAAGGACCCACAUUUCUUCUUUUUAUGGUUUCAUAUUUUUAAUUUACAGAAAGUUAAAGGUCCUUUUUAUCUGAGAUGCCUAUUUUUUUUUUUUUUGGUUGUUUUUUUUCCUCCUCGGAUUCAUAUAAAAUGUUUCACACAUGAACCUUAUGAAAUCACUUUUUAUUCCCUCCACACCUAAAGGGAAACUCCAGUUUGCACCCUUUUUUAUGUAAAAUAAAAGAUCUCUCCACCUUG